AUGGCGAUGCCACGGUCGAUGAUCAACACGUGGCUAUCUCUUACCGACGAGAAGGAAAACCAUUCCGAACAGCCUGCCUCCUGCCCAUCUCCCCCGCGGUCGCGCCCAUCGCUACGAAAGCCGACGAAGCGAAAGGCAUUUGCCUCGAUUGACCUCAACAUGUCCGAACCCUCCGCGACGCGACGGAGAGGCAAAGGGAAGGGCCGCUAUGAUGUCGCGCACCAUCGUCCUCCACACCAUACUGACAUAUCCCUCAACCUCACCGAACGCAUUCUCCUCGAGGAAGAGAGAGUCGACGCCAAAGCCCAAACAGAACGCGAAGCCCAAGCCGAAGCGGAGCGCACCCCCAGGCCGACGACGCGAAGUCGCCGAAUACCACCAGAAGCAGCAGCAGCAGAAGGAGGAGGAGGUGGAGGAGGAGAGACAGGUCAGGAUGGAAGCCCUCGCCGCCGGACAACGAGAACAUCGAGGCGGCCGAACAAGCACGGAGAACCGCAGCCGGGACAGGAGCAAGACCCAGAACGAGAAGCAGAACCGCCGAGCUCGACUUCGAGAUUUGCAAAUAGAAUCUGGGCCGACGCGCUGUCUUCCAGGGUCCCUCUGCCUCUGCCUUCCAGCUCGAGUGCGGGUGCGGAUGCAGAUCGCGCAGAUGUCUUCUCGUCGCCCUCGCGAUCCUCUGCGUCGACUGGCAGGUCGACUGGCAGGGCUAGAAGUCCUGUCAAGUCUAUGGCUGAUCUGCGGUUGUCUCUGAAACCGCCGCAGACACUUUCGUUUGAUCUCGGCCCGCCCGAUGAUGUCGAGGAGCUCUACCAGACACUCGUUCAGAUCAACGAUGGCGAGGGUUUGAUACCGGCUGCUGCCAAGGCACGGUUUGAACGUCCCAAAAGGCCCGUCAAGGAGUGGCAGAUCGACAACAGCCCCGUGGCGGAGGCGGACAGGGUGAUACUCGAGAGGGAGAUCGACCUGGCCGAAGACCUCUCCGCCAUGGCCAACUGCUGUUUCUCCGAGGGGCACUCGGAAGCGUCGUGGAACUCUCAAGUACAUACUCCUCUCCUCAAGCUCGCGUUGUGGCGGGUUCCUACAGUCCGCUAUUUCAAUAUCACAUCGGCGGCGCCUUGUUUCGAGUUCCUCCCGCGGCUCGAACGCGGGGGCGACCUGUUACAGUCAAAAUUCGUCGACUACUCUAUGAACCUCGACCUCGACGUUGGGGAGAUGAUGACGGACAUCAUGCGCCGGCAGCCACCCGCCUGUCGUACGCUGGCGCCGACAAUGUACGCCCCCGUGCGCUCGAGGCCUCAAGCGGUGGCUAUCGAGACCAAGGUGGCCAACGCCGCGUCGGACCCGCUCGUCCAGCUGACCAUAUGGGCCGCUGCCUCGUUCGAGCGGCUGAGGCAACUACAGGCGCCGGCGCAGACUGGUGGCGGUAAUGGUGAUAACGACGCAUUGGAAGUGGAAUCCAUCAUCACACUCCCCCUGAUUCAGGUGCGCGGGCAUGAUUGGCAUCUCUGGUUCGCACGCGACAGUCCUCACAACAUCGAUCUCCACGGUCCUCUCCUUAUAGGAUCCACGGCGACGCUUCUCGGCACGUUUAAACUGGUACGGUCGCUGAGGGCUCUGGCAUGGUGGGUGGCUACUCGGUUCCGCCCGUGGUUCGAGUCGGUCAUUCUCGGGCGUGAGGUUGAUGUAGACGUGGGUACCUAG